GUGGAGGAAGGUAGUGCACUCCAGGGAGCUGCGCGGAGAUCUUUGAGACACGGACGCAGGCGGCAGCAGCGAGAGCAUCAGCAUCAAACACAAACCCGCUGUACGGGGCUCGGCAGCCUCCCUCCGUCCCUGUCUCUCCGUGCCCAGCCAUGAAACAGAUGUUACUGGACCUCAUGAGGAUGAGUAGGAUCUGCCGGAUGGUGCUGGCCACUUGUUUAGGAUCUUUUAUUCUGGUCAUCUUCUAUUUCCAAAGUAUGUUCCAACCAGUUAUGAGGCGGAAUCCGUUCGCGGCGGAGGGAUGCUGCCGGAAAGGCUCCAGGAACGCCCUACAGGAGCUGUACAAUCCCACACAGGCUGAGUUUUCUGCGGCGGCGGUGUUGCAUCAGGCCCGGCGUGAUCAGAUGGCGGACACAUGUCGUGCCUACAGCGCGUCCAGCCGCAAGCGACGUGUGCUGACCCCCAGCGACCUCAAGCACUUUGUGGUGGACGAGGAGCAUGAGCUCAUCUACUGCUACGUCCCCAAGGUGGCCUGCACCAACUGGAAGCGGGUUAUGAUGGUGCUGAGUGGCCGGGGCAAGUACAGCGGCCCCAUGGAGAUCCCGUCCAACGAGGCCCACGUGCCCUCCAACCUCAAAACCCUAAACCAGUACAGCAUUCCCGACAUCAACCACCGGCUCAAGAGCUACCUCAAGUUUCUGUUUGUGCGUGAGCCCUUCGAGCGGUUGGUUUCAGCCUACCGUAACAAAUUCACGCUCCGAUACAACACCUCAUUUCACAAGCGCUAUGGGACGAAGAUUGUGCGGCGGUACCGCAAGAAUGCAACAACCGAGGCACUGCAGAGCGGCGCCGAUGUGAAAUUCCAAGAGUUCGCUGAUUACCUGGUGGAUCCGGGCACGCAGAGAGAAGCUCCGCUCAACGAACACUGGCAGACGGUCUACUCGCUCUGCCACCCCUGCCAUAUCCACUACGAUCUAGUGGGCAAAUACGAGACUCUGGAGGAGGACGCCAACUAUGUGCUCAAACUGGCAGGGGUGGGUGACUCCUUGCGCUUCCCAUCCUAUGCCAAAUCCACCCGUACCACCGACCAAAUGGCCGCCAUGUUUUUCAACAACAUCAGCUCCCAGCAGCAAGGCCAGCUGUACCAACUCUACAAACUGGACUUUCUUAUGUUCAACUACUCCACUCCCAGCUACCUUAAACUGCAGUAAACACACAUACGCGGUCGCGCACACGUUCCGAGCUUGUCAAACAAGGUUGAGCAAUGGGAGAAGGACCAUGGCUGAAAGACACAGGCGGGGGAAUCAACCGAGCAGUCAAUGUAAAAUCGUAUUUAUAUCCGGAUGGUUGGUUUAUUUCGAGAUGACUUGAGAGCUAUCGAUCAACUGCAGAUGCGGACAACUUGGAAAGUCUUUUGAGACGGAAGUCUGAUGUAUUUGCCCAUUGAAUUGUACAUUUCCAGUGUAAAGGCCCCUGUUCCCAAACAUCAAAAGCAAUAUAACAGAUUCUGAGCUAUACCUGCUCAAAUGGUUUAUCUAUUAAUAUACUCAACCAGCCGCUGCCGUCAUAAUUGAAGCUUCACGGAAAGGAGCGCCUAGAUUAAUAAUAUGUCUCCAGAUACAAUCAGACUUGUUCUGACUUCAGUCCCCCACUUCUAAUUUCAUGUUCCCUUUGGAGGUUCCCUCGCUUCUCCCAUACUCAGACGGCCUUUGUGUGUGUAUGUGUAUUUAUACAGUGCAAAUUUAAAGGUGCACACUAAAAAAGAAGAUAAAAAAGAGGCAUUGAAUGGUGCCUUCAUGAAAGGGGCGUGUCUAAAUGUGAGUGACAGGCAGGGGCUCCACCCACUAGGUUUGUCAGGGAGCAUCUGUAGCAGUCGGGAGGUCAGAGGUCACUGCUGGCUGGCCUCAAGCACACUGUUCCCACAACCCCUCCUCGCUCAGUUGGUCUUCAGUAAGGAUUUUUAAAGCAGGAAUUUGUUUUAUUUUCUAUUUGUUUAUAAUGGAAAAAGUUGCUGCGAGCAGCACUUCAAUAAUACAAUUUGAAUUACUGUGUGAAAUAGAGAUGAGAAAGACUUAAUUUUUUGUUUCCAGAAAAGGCAAUCUGCUUAGAGGUAGAGACUUUCUGAGGUUUAAUUGUCAUAAUUCGUUCAUAUUUCUUCUUGCCUCAUUUGCAGAACACUGUUGCUGGGAAACCAUGCUGGUUGUUUUGUCACGGGUGUACAGAAAAAAGGGCAGGACUUUGUUUUCUGAGCUGUUCUCAUGGGAAAGUUUCACACGGUGGUGUGUUUGAGAGAAACAGAGAGCUAGAGAGAGAGAAAAUGCAGGCGAAUCUGUUACAUCCAUUAGAUGAUUUAAACACUUUUGAGUUUGAGUUCAAAGGAACACCUUGUAUUUUAUUUUUCUAAUUUGCGUUGACGGUGCACAAAAAUGAUUGAAAAAAAAAAUGCUUAUUUGAUUGGCCACAAGCGAGUGUGUCCGAGUGCUUUAUCUCAUUGUCUUUGUAGCAAAUAUUGACUCUGGCUAAAGGAUUCUGUUAGCUUCCUCUCUCCCAUAUCUCUUUGCAUUUUAGGAAAAGUCCUGGGUUCAUUUGGCCUGAAUAAGUGAGUGCUGAUUAGCAGGAUUUUAAGUUCUGUAGAGCACGGUCUUUAAUGAAGACCACACAUGCUCACACACACUUGUGUCAGCUCCUUAUGCAGAGGGUAAAACGCGGCAAAAAAGCAAAAAAAAAGAAAAACAAUCUUAUAAAACCAAGCCACGUUAUCAACCUCUCUUUCUUUGUUUACUCUAUUUCUACUGCUACUCCUUUAAUACAUCUGAUCCUACUCAAAAAACAAAGGGAAAAUAAGAUUAACAUUCCCAUGCAGCUUCUAAUAAUACAGAUAACUGACUGGCAGGUCGGAUUUACUUGCAAGAUAUUCCAGUAGAUAAAUUUAGCAUGUUAUCUUUCACAAAGACACAUAAAACCUUUAUUUAGUUGUUAUUAGAUUGCCUGUUGAAAUCUCUGCUCUCCUCUUCACCAGAACAGGAAAUGAAUCUCAAUUGUAAUGAAUCACUUCAUUUUGAAUCAUCAGCUCAGAAAACAAAGCCUGGAUGCUUUCUCGGUUUAACUGUUUAUUGCAUUUGUUCUGCAACAACAAACACGGUACAGCCUCAUUAGCGCCCACACGACAGCCACGCUAAUACACGCAUUAGCGCCCACAUUAGCAGGCACAGUGCCUUUCAAACUGUCACUCUAUCACAUGUAGUACAGCUCACUCAUGUUGCAUGCAGCAUUUUUAAUUUUUAGAAAUACAACACAUUUAUUUACGAUUCAUGUUUCCAGCUGAGCUCUUCCCCAGAUGGAGGUUUUAUCAUAUUUAGCUAACUUUACACACUCUAGUACAGAACAGCUAGGUUCACCAUCCACACAUGCUCACAUGGCUUCCCUGUUACUCUUUGGGCUUGUUUAAUAAUCAGUAACUACAUUGGUUCGAUUUGCCGUAGCUAUUUGUCGCAGUGAGCGUCCGCUUGCUUUCUUGAGCUCACAAACAUUCUUGAACUAUCGGCAGUUUAAUUUAUUUAUUUAUUCCUGCUCUGUAUUCAGGAUGGACUCUGCCGGGUCACUGGGUCGGACCCUCACACUGUACAUGGGAAAAAUACAAACCAAGUGAACUGUCGGAUCAAUGCGCUCGCUGGAGAACGCGCUCACACACACUGUCUCUAUCUCUCUCUCAUCUGUUUUCUCAAUAAAUCUGAAACUGAAACCCCCGGUGUCGCCACAUAAUCAUUAAACUUGAGUGAAAAUGUUGUCAGUCGCUAAAGCUCUUCCUCCUCAUUUGGCAUGAUUCAUAGGAAAACAUUUUUUUUUGAUCCUGCACCGCACGGUCCUGCUCACAGCUUCUUAGAGGGGAUUUGUUCAAUUACAAUGUUCCUUAAAUCCUGAAGGGGUUUAAUAGGCCUUAUUAAAAUCAGUAGAGGCUGAAUGUGAUCCCUCACCUUUAGAUAAACAACUUUUACGUUUGUCUGUGAGCAAACUUAUUUAUAGCUACUGUAGCUCAGCCGGUAGAUCUUGACGUCAGUAAUGCCAAGGGACGGCUUUAUAUCUGUUGUCAUGUGAAUAAUAAUUCAGUAACUACUUUCUGGAGUCUCACUCUUACUGUACAACAUAAUGUUAAUAGCAAGUUUUAUGCAUUUGAUUCACUAAACAGACUGACUCAUCAAAAGAGGGUGUAAUAAGCAGCAAAGCAAAUAUGUGGUUCUGCGAGACUAAAUACUCCCUAACAAUAUUAUUAUUACUAUAUGAAAAAACCCAGUUAUUAGCCUCUUAGCAAGGCCACAUUUUUGAAUCUUUGACUAUAUGGCUGACCUUGUGGUGCUUGCAGGGCCUCCCAGGUCUUGUGGUGAGUCCAGAUGUGUCUGGUUAUAUGUUAUAUCCCAGCAAGAUUUGAAGUGGGACCUUUGAUGCAAGAGGAAACGUAAAAGCAUGCAGAGCUUUUGUGCCACAUUGGUGCAACAGAUCUGCUUUAAGGGCUGCCAGAGAAAUGUGUGUCACUCCACUGUGAAGAAAGAUUCAUGUACGCUUCAGUAGUGGGUUGUCACUUUGGUGUCAAAAGUGAAACAGCAGCCAAAGUCUAACUUCACAUUGAAAAUCCUGAGUUUUGGGGUUUUUUUCUUGCUGAAUGUGCAGUUCUCAUGCAACUUUGCUACCGCACCUGCUAUGGUCGCCUCCGCUCCACCCUCCACCGUAACCUCUCGGUAAUUUUAAGAAUACACCAAUGCCUAGCCGCUGGGGCGAAGUUCAUCCUCUGAAUUAGGUUCUUCAACCACAUCAAACCUGGCAUUGGGAUAGGCUUCGGGUUUUCUUAGUGAACACGUGCAGGGUCGAGUUGGCAGCAGUUCUCUCUGUCAUUAUCUAACUUAUGAAGGGCUGAAAGGAUGAUGUUGGUGGGAAGUUAGAUGUUGUUCCCUUAGGGACCGCUACACUGUUUACUGCUAAUAUGCAGGUGUAGCUGAAAACUACUACCAUUUGGUUUAAUCUCCAAGCUCUAAAACCCAAUCAGAACACACACACACACAAAAAAAGAAGAUAUUUUCAAUCAAGUUUUCCUUAAUUCCCAAGGAUGAAAUUGGCUGUGGUUCAAUCACAGCGGAGAUUUUCGGUCCGUCCAUUUCCCUAAGAAGUGUUUCUCAUUGCUGUAUACUUGAUUAGUCCAUAGUAAUCCAUUUGCACAACAGUUGAACUCCUUCAACCCUUCGCUUCAGCUUUAGUCGAGAAGGAAUUUCACACCUGAAUGGCAGAAACCGCUCUCUGUUGGAGUCUAAGCAUGACGGAGAAUGACAGCUUUCGCUGACAUCUUUCGCUCUCAUGGCUGAAUUGAGCAAAUACUGACAAUAAAGAGGAAGAGGAUGAAGUGAACAAUCAAAACAAGUGGUUUUUCAUGACCGUUCACAAAAAAAAAAAAAAAAAUGUACUCACCCUCAUUUCGAAGCGGUUUGACUAUUUCGGACAAAAUAUUUCAACUAUUUUUGUUUAUACAAUAAGAAUGAAUGGGGUCAUAUGGGUACCCCACUGACUUUCAUUGAAUGAACAAAAGAGGCAUUUUACUAAAUAUCUUUUUUUCCGUUCCACAUAUGAAAGGAACAUUUUGAAACGUAAUGAGUGUGAGCAAACAAUAACAACUGUCCUUUAAAAUAGCCUUGAACUGGGAUCCCACAUUUCAAAACUAUUUCAGGUCAAAUGUGGUGCUGUAUAAAAUGUUCGAUGAAUAGUCCAAAUGGAGAAAUAAAAUGUGUCCACAGUGAGUAAGGGCAUGCUGUACAGUGCAAUCUAAACCAUCAUUUUUUGGCUUGUAUUUAACUCUCAUGCUCAUGCCAGGGGACGACUCCAAAUCCCAUCUUUAAGACGUACUUGAUGAUCAGGACGGCAAAGGUUGUAAUGGAAGAGCGGGUGUUGUGUUGACUUGAGUCUGACUUCAUUACCAUAGUUCAGUGCUGCUUAUACUGUCAGAAAAAGUAGAGGUUAUGCUACAGACUACAGUGAAAAUGCUAGUCCUAAGGGCUUUCCAAUAUUGAACAUUUUAUCUAAAAUAUAAUGAAACUGAUCUGAGGCUGUAAAUGUUACAUUUCAAAGUAAACAAAGUUAUUUUGGUUUGCUCCGCACUCAAAGCAAUCAUAUGACUUUGAGUAUAGUGUAUGAAUUAUAUGGACUACUUUUAUCAUAAUUUUAUGGCCCUUUAUUGUCCAAUAUCCUUGAUCACAGUCCUCAUAACAUUACCUCAUGAGAAGUUCCUCAGCUGGUUAUUGGAACAAGGUAACUGUUUUUUGCUAGUCUAAGGUGGUCAAUCUAACAGCUUGAACAAGAUGGUCUACCAGGUCCACCAUUUAGUAGUCAAGCAAAUAUUCUAUUCAGACCAGCUUGGCCCAAGUAGAGACCAUGUAAAACCUUGAAUUUUCCAGCAGGAAACAACAAAAACACACAAAUAUCAAUGCUAGUUUUGAAAGCCAUUGCUCUGAUUAGCUUCACAAGAGCAGUCAAUUGGCUUGAUGGCCUGUUUGUUGUUAGUGGUGAACAUGAGGGAUCACGGUACAGAGGCUGUGGGCUGCAUUGAGGUAUUGGGUCUGCUUUAAUAGAGUGCUAAUAUGCAACAGCAUGGUCCCUCUGGCUCGAUUUGGGGGCCGUUUAUGAGCAGGCUCAGAUUUCAGGACCCCCAAUCCACCACACCGCACAAAUAACCCCAUUAAACCCUGAAGACAGGAGAGUUCAACAACCAUCAUUAACAUGGCCUGUCUAGACUUCCAAACACUCAAACAGAGGCCUUUUGUUUUAGAUCGCCGACAAUAAUAUACUAGACAUGUCAAAAACGUUGAGGGAUAAGUGAUGUUUGGAAAGUGUUUGUACUCUUGUCACGUUUAAUAGCCAAUAAUGAGCUGUGCAAAAGGUAAUGAAAUAAAUAUCUGUGAAUUAAAUAAUAGCAGGCCACGAAACCGCUAAUCAGAUUACAAAACAAUUUCUGAGCUUGGCUAACGAGUUUUAACUGCUCAGUUUGACAAAACUGCAGGUGGGGUAAAGUGCAAAUUUUAGGAGAACACUAUAUAAAGUGCCUGAUGUAUUUUUUUUGGCAUUGUGAUCAAAUAAAAACACUUUGGUUCA